CGUUCCUUGCUUCGAAAGGAUUUUCUUUUAGAUUUUGAUAGAAAUAUUUUCCAAUUUUUAAAAUGUUACACAGUAUGUUUAUGAGAAUGGUAGCAUUAGAUACCAGUCAAAGUAGCUUAUAUUUUAAAUCAUAAUUUGAGGGGAAAACACACUUUUUCUCGCGUACAAUUACCCCUUUCUACAGCGAAUAGCUUGUAUUUAUCAAGUAAAGGAAACGAAACAAAUACGGGUCUACAAUGAAAAAGAAAAUGUAUAUAAUAAUGUAUUUUUUAUGAAAAUGGGAGUUGGUUGACAGCCUGAGUGUAUUUAAAUACUGUAUUUUAAUACAAAGGGCAUGGGUAACAUCAGAAAAAAUAUAUUGGCAUUAGGCCUUGUGAUUUUGGUGGUAGAAUAUACGUUUGUUAUUUGUGAUGGAAUACGCUGGACAAAAUACCAUUACAAUGGCAAUACUGGUCAUGAACACGUCGAACCGAGAGAAAAAGCCUUUACUUCUGAAGUAAAGGACCCUGUUGCAUGCGCCAAGCUGUGUCACACAAACGGUGUUUGCAAAAGCUUUUCCUAUCAAGCGGAAACUGACACGUGUUCAGGAUGCAGAACACUCCAUUGUGAUGCAGUAGCCACCGAAAACCCAGAGGACUCUGCAACAUCAGUGUUCUUUUCAACUGCCAAGGAGCCCAGUGCACUUUCUUCCGUGCGUAUGGUAAAAAGAUCUGACGUAGAGUAUAUUGGAACAUUAGAGGUGUUUCAUAAUAAACAGUGAACCCCAGUGUUUGCCGACAGUUUUGACACAAAAAAGCAAUGGUUGUUUGCAACAUGCUCAACUUCACUUGGGCAGUAGCGAGAUCGAAUUCUGCCGACGCGCCAAAGGAAACAACGCCAAUACGUUUGGAUGAUUUUUCAUGCACUGGGUCGGAGAGAAGUCUUUCUGAAUGUCCUCACUAUUUUGUGGGCGAAAGCGAUUGUAGUCUUGGCAGAAUUGCCGAGAUAGGUUGUAUGCCAGCCUGGCGAGUCCGUCUCGCCGGUGCAGACGACAGUUCACGCAGAGGACGUGUUGAAAUAGCUGAUGAAAGGAAACAGUGGGGCUCUUUGUGUGACACAAUGUUUGACAAAAAUGCUGCUAAAGUUGUGUGCAAAAUGUUAGGAUACCAAACAUCGAGUUCACACUAUGAUGUCGGUGCCGUUGAUGAUGAGGGAGCGUUCGUCAUUGAUGUACUUAAAUGUAUGGGGACAGAAGAUUCCUUACAGUCCUGUCGUUAUAUAGCUAAAGAAAGCUGUGAUAAAAAAUCAGUCAUUACAGUUGAAUGUCUUUAAACAAGUUGCCACUUGUUGAAUUCAAUUUAACUGUUCUGGAAAAAUAAAUUGACAUAACAGUUUUCAAAAUAAUGUUUUGCUGUUCUUAUUGCCGUAUUUGAUUGAUUACAAUACUGUACAAUCGGGUGAGAUUAAAUUUG